AAUGGCCUGGGUUGCUUUGGGCUCCAGGGGGCAUUUUCUUUGGCCCAUAGCCCUUACCCUGUCUCUGAAAUGGUUCUGGCUGAAUAACAACCUUGGGGAGUGGGUGGGGGAAGUGUAAUUUGGUCUGGGGCGGAGACAGGAUUGAGAACACAGCUUUCCUUGUGGCUCAGCACUGAGGGAGGGCAGGAGGAGACUGGAGAUCCCAUUCCUCACUUGGUCAUUCUCAGUCCAUGAUGGUGCGGUCCCCAGUACUCCUUGGUGCCAUCUUCUUGUCUGUUUUCCCAGGGCCCAGCGGGGCUGAUCGUGACAUGCCCAAGCUGGCUGAGUGGAAGCUGUGUGCGGAUGAGGAAUGCAGCCAUCCUAUCUCCAUGGCUGUGGCCCUUCAGGACUACGUGGCUCCUGAUUGCCGCUUCUUGAAUGUGUACAGGGGCCAAGUGGUGUAUGUCUUCUCCAAGCUGAAGGGCCGUGGACGGCUCUUCUGGGGAGGCAGUGUUCAGGGAGAUUACUAUGGAGAUGCGGCUGCCCGCCUGGGCUACUUCCCCAGUAGCAUUGUUCGGGAGGACCUGAUUCUGAAACCUGCCAAAAUUGAUAUGAAGACAGCUAGUGUGUACCCAGGCUGGCUUCAAAAUUACUAACCUUCAGCUCCAGCCUCCUGAGGGCUGCUUCGUUUUCAGGCAUGUGCAACUAGGCCCUGCUCAAUGCCGAGUGAUUUCUAAUUGGGAAAUGCAGAGGUUACAGGGCUGGAAGAUAAUUUAUUCAUUUCUGUGAGGUCAAACCUGGUCCUUUCACCGGUUUCCUAUCUACUGUUUUUUCCCUUUUCUCUUUUUCAGAAAUGGGAUUUCUACUGCCAGUGAGCUCAGCCUACUGUUGUCCCUGCGGUUUACCUUCCCAGCUUUAUACAAAUAGAACAGCCAACUGCAAA